AUGGCUGAGGUUGAACACAUCAACCCUUUCAGUCUCUUGGAUGACGGCGAUUUCAUCAGCGUCGUGGACGCGAAGGCGGAGGUUGCGUUUCUUGCGGUGGUGAAGGAGGAAAAGAGGAAGAACAAAGAGGAGGAGGAGAAGAAGAAGGCAGCGGAGAAAGCGCAAUCUGCAUCCAGUGCUGCUAGUAUUGGUUCUGAGAAGUACAAUAAUUACAGAGGCAAUGGAGGCCAGAAUUACACGAGGGUUAAUCGCGGCUAUUAUGGCCGGAGGCGGUAUUACAGAGAGGGUAACGGCGGUUAUCAAGAGAGGACUCAGAGCCAGGGAGGAGAAGAAGGACAGAUUGAGAAUGGUGGCCAAAAUCAUAGAAAGGGUAACGGAGGUUAUUAUGGUCGGAGGCGGUAUUACAAGGAUGGCAACGGCGGCUCCCAGGAGAUGAGUCAGAGCCAGGGAGGAGAGGGAGGAAAAGUUGAGAAUGCAGGCCAAAAUUAUGGUAGGGGUAACGGCGGUUACAAUGGUCAGAGGCGGUAUUUCAGAGAGGGUAACGGUGGUUAUCAACAGAGAAGUCAGAGUCAGGGUGGAGGAGUGGCGGUUAAUGAUGGAAGGCAACACUAUGGAAGGAGAAACGGUGGUUAUUAUGGUGGUAAAAGGCAGUAUUACAGAGCGGUUAACGGAGGCCAACAGGGAAGUAAUCAGAGUGAGAAUGUGGAAGUUGAUGAAGCUAAUGUGCUUGGUAAUGGUUUUGAUGGUGAGUGUUGGCAAGAUUAUCACGCUCGGCGGAACCCUAAUCAUCAUAAUCACAGCGUUGAUGAUCAGCAGAUGGUGCAGGGCGGCGGUGAUGAUCAGCAAAGGGUUCAAGGUAGGUUUGGAGGUCAGAGGCAGGGGCGAGGCAGAUGGAGAGACCAUAGUCAUCAAGAAAGGAGAGGAUACAACAAUACCGAAAACAACCAGGGUAACAACAAUGGUGAGGGGUUGGAAAAGGAGAAGGAGAAACAGCAACAAGAAGAGGGCAGUGAGGAGCAGGGGAAUAAUUCUGAAUUGCAUGGUAUAGGGGCCAAUGGAAGUGUCAGCAGAAAGAUCUCUGACAAGAAGGAAAAGAAGCCGAAUAUCAAUGGAAGUCUUCGGAAAAAGAUGAAGAAGAACAAGGAUAAGAUCCAAGGCGAAAACACGGCUGCUGCUCCUGCAAGUGUUCAAGAGGAUAAAAAGAUUACCAAGGAGUACACUCUGAAAGAGUAUGAGGAGAAGGCUCUUGGUGCCAAGAAGAAGGAUUCGGAGGCUGCGAACAAAAGCGUCGAUGGGGAUUUUGAGAGGACUGAAGCUCUUGUUAAGGAGUUUGAUUCAAUGCAAGUUAUUGGGAAGAAGAAAUUGGAGGAGAAAAUGUCUGUGCCCGAGGGCCAAGAAAAGUCUGCAGAAGUUAAGAAGAGGAAAGAUGGUGCUUCCAUGAGAAAGAUCAAGACGCAGACUUUUAAUAUCAAUGAGUUCUGCAGACCAAAGAAGGGUGAUAAACUUGAAGGGAAUGAUUCACUGAAGAAUGGUAGAACUGAAGGACAGCGUGCUCAGCGGGAUGGAAGAUUUGAAGAGCAUCGUGAGCAGCGGGAUGGUAGAUUUGAAGGGCCUCGUGGGCAGCAGGAUGGUAGAUUUAAAGGGCCUCAUCUGCUGCAGCAGGGUGGUGGAUUUGGAAACUGCUCUCAGCGGGGAGGUGGGAAAAAACCUGAUGCUUCAUUCGAAAUGAAGGAUGAUCAAUUUCCAGCCUUGGGAUAA